AGUUGCGCGUCUCGGUCACUUUGUUGAUAAUAGUAUAAUUGAAUUAAAACUUGAUACUUUUGGAUUUGUUAGCGGUUCAUUGCAAAUCCAGAAAUCGCAGAGGCAACACCUCUGCAAAAUGGGAGACAGUGUGGAUUUGGAAAAGUGCUUCGAGGUGGUCAGCAAUCUGGUCUCGGAAGCUGGAAGGCUGAUCGCUCGCAACAAUGAAACCCGUCAGGAUUUUGUGUGCAAAAGCAAUGACAUUGAUCUGGUGACUCAGACCGACAAGGACGUAGAACAACUGCUGAUGGAUGGUAUUCGCCGGCAUUUUCCGGAUCACAAAUUUAUUGGGGAAGAGGAAAGCAGCGGUGCGGAGGGAGUUAAAAAACUGACUGAUGAUCCCACGUGGAUCAUAGAUCCUGUAGACGGGACCAUGAACUUUGUACACGCCUUUCCCCACUCGUGCAUUUCGGUGGGUCUGAAGGUGAACAAGGUCACUGAGUUGGGUCUGGUCUACAAUCCCAUCUUGGAGCAGCGCUUCACCGCAAGACGAGGACAUGGAGCCUUCUACAAUGGGAAGAGGAUCCACGUGAGUGGUCAGAAGGAACUGGGCAAGGCACUGAUCACCAGUGAAUUUGGAACUACACGGGACGAGGCUAAGAUGAAAGUCGUCAACGAGAACUUUGAGAAGAUGGCCAAAAAAGCGCAUGGAUUACGAGUUCUGGGUUCUGCUGCCCUUAACAUGUCUAUGGUUGCUCUGGGAGCCGCCGAUGCCAACUAUGAGUUUGGCAUCCAUGCUUGGGAUGUUUGUGCCGGAGACUUGAUUGUUCGUGAGGCUGGCGGAGUGGUCAUAGAUCCUGCUGGCGGAGAUUUUGACAUUAUGUCACGAAGGGUUCUGGCAGCAGCCACUCCUCAAUUGGCGCAGGAAAUCACCAAAGUGCUGACGCAGUUCUAUCCGUUACCUAGAGAUGAUUAGGCUUAUAAAAAAUUCUUAAAAACUGGCAUUUGAUGUACCUAUAGCGACUUAAACAAUGGAUCUAUAUAACUCCAUUCCGACCUAAAAAAACUAAAAGCAUUUUAAAAAUACCGACCAUGUACCUAACCAAAUAAGUGAAUACGCCUAGUCAUGGAUAUUCCAAAUAAAUUGUUUUGUGUAAACUAAAA